AUGUCUUCCAAUUCUGCAUCGACGUCCUCUACAACUCUGCCUGUUGAAGAUGUCCAACUCACCCCUGGGCACUCCCUUACUCCUCCCAUGAAAGCUUUUUUCCCAAACAGCAGCAGGAAUUCCUCAACAGGCACACUCGUUGUUCCUGAGACUGCUCAUGAACGCCCACUUCCUACAGUCCCCGCCAAUGAUGAUGAUAACGAUGAUGAGGAUGAUAUCGUUGUGCCUGAGAAGAAAGGAAGUCGUCCCUAUCGCUACAUCCGCUGGAACUUCGGGUCCGUUUAUCGCCGUAUUUUCACCCUCGCAUUUGUCGGCAACAUCGCAGCACUGAUCAUCCUCAUCAUCCGCUCGUUCAUCAGUGGCCCCUCUGCCCGUCUUACUCCCCAGACAUGCGCCACCGCCGUCUCAGCCAAUAUUCUCGCUGCUCUCUUCAUCCGCAACGAGCAUACCGUCAACGCCAUGUUCAAAGUUUUCGUUCUGUUCCCAGCCAAGGCACCUCUGUCUGUUCGUCGACUAUUUGCCAAGGUGUACUCUUACGGCGGGAUUCACAGCGGUUGCGGUGUUGCGGCUUUCUUCUGGUUCGUCGCCUUCCUCGUCGUCCUGACGGCCGAGUUUAAGAAUCCCGGUGCCGCUCUCCGCGCCUACAUUCUACUCGACAGCUACCUCAUCUGCGUUCUCUUGGCACUCAUUAUCGGCUUCGCCCACCCACGCGCUCGUGUCCUCCUGCACAACUGGUUUGAGGGUACUCACCGCUUCCUUGGAUGGUCCGUCAUUCUUCUCUUUUGGGCGCUUGUCAUGAUGCUUGCCGAGGACUAUAGCAUCGCCGCCAAUGUGCCGUAUGCCGCCUCCGUGGUCAUGACUCCAUCCUUUUGGAUGCUCAUCGCAAUCACCCUGUUGGUCAUCUACCCCUGGACCCGUCUCCGUCUUCGCGAUGUCGAGGCAGAGGCCAUGUCCUCUCACGUUGUCAAGCUCAACUUCAACUACGCCGAUGUCCAGUAUGGCCAAGCUAUUCGCCUCGCAGACGCACCCCUCCGCGAGACCCAUGCCUUCGCCGUCAUCCCCAACCCUGCGGCUCCCAAGGACGGCGAUGCCGAGAAGGGAGAAAAGGGCCUGAGCAACGCUGGCAAGAAGGGAUUCUCUGUGCUCGUCUCCAAUGCCGGCGAUUGGACCGACAAGAUCAUCAAGAACCCGCCGAAGAAGAUUUACACCCGCGGUAUCCCACAGUACGGUGUUCUGCGCGUGGCUGGCCUCUUCGAACCUUGCAUUGUCAUCGCCACUGGUUCCGGUAUCGGUCCCUGUCUGAGCCUGUUUGUCCAGAAGCCUGACCACCCCGUCCGCAUUAUCUGGUCUACACAGCGACCGGCCGAGACUUAUGGACAGGCCGUGAUUGACACACUCUACAAGGCCGACCCUAACGCUGUAAUUAUCGAUACGAAGAAGACGGGACGCCCGGACCUCGUGGCGAUUACCUAUCGCAUCUGGGAAAGCAGCCGUCGCCAGAGUGGAAUCGCGCAAAUAGAAAACCCCGGCAGCAAGAAGAUGGGUCCUUGUGAGGCCGUGGUUAUCAUCUCCAACCAAAAGGUCACGAGGAAAGUCGUGUACGGUCUCGAGAGCAGGGGCAUUCCUGCCUACGGCGCCAUCUUCGAUUCUUAG